AUGGAUGCUAAUACUAAUGCUAGUACUAGUAAUGCUAGUAAGGGAUCUUUGGAUUCUGAAAGAGCUGAGGAUGGUGAAAGACCAAGAAAUGAAACGGCGAUUCCUAGCACGGUGCUUUCAGCGGAAUUGGACUUGCUAAAGCAUACAAAGCCAGCUAGCGUAUCCAACGGUUUAGCUGUAGCUGACAGCAUUAAUGAGAAUAACGUCAACGACAUUAUGGUAGAUAGCAGCGGCCGUCAAUUGCAGAAUGAAGAGACUCAAAAGAUUGUGGAAUCACGUCUUCUAGAUACUGUACCUAGGAAUACCGGUACGGGGGGUACUGGCCACAGUAUCCAUAGUGACGGCAUAGCGAACAACACUCACAACUGUGUACAAACCGGUACAGAACCUGUGGCAUUGACAUUGGCAACACCGGGGGCUUACUCUAGUGGCCCUGGCAGGGAGCUACAAAGAACCCUCGGACCCCAAUUUGGCCUUCUUGGGGUGGCAGCAGCAGCAGCAGCUCAAACAGAAACCACAACCGAUGCUAGUGCUACUCAAGACGUUGCCAGUGAAAGUAAUAUGGAACCAUCACUACUGCCGCCAGAAACAAGACCAAGCCACGAUACCACUGGACUCGUUGUGGCAAACUUGGUAGACGAAAAUUCCGAAGUACUCAAUGCUCUGCCCCGAGCACAAAGUGUUGAUUUGGAAGCGGCCAAUCGAAGAGCCCAAAGAACCAAGCAAUCCUGCACCUACAUUCUAUUGGGACUUGUCAUUUUGAUUGCCGUUAUCAUCAUAUUGGUGACCGUUCUUGUACCUUCCGGGGGAGAAUCAUCCAAUGAUGAAGAAGAUACUCCAACAAGUAUGCCUAGCAGCAACCCGUCUGAGGCACCAACAACCUUGGAUCAAUACUAUUUGUCCCUGUUACCAGAGGACACCCAGCAAAAAAUCAUGGAAGAUGUGCAGUCACUGCAAUCACUGGCGUUCCAGUGGCUGCUCGACGACAUGAUUGAACUCGAUGAUGACUACUCAAACAACAAUUCUUCUGUAUUCAUGAACCGAAUCAAACAGCGUUUUGCCUUGGCCACUAUCUACUAUGCCACAGGUGGAAACAUCUGGGCGCACAAUGACAACUGGCUCAAUCACACAGUCCAUGAAUGUGAAUGGUUCACAAGAUCAGAGUUUGCACUGAAGUCCAAAAUUGCAUUUUUGUACACUGGCUUCCUUCAAGAGUUUCAGCUACCGACCAGCAAGUGUGAUACCCAUACCGGUAUCUACGAGCAUCUGUGGCUCGACCAGAAUAAUCUUGUGGGUUCAUUGCCCGAAGAGCUAUACAUGCUGACUACCCUUAAAACUCUGUCAAUGGGUUUCAAUAUGCUUGUUGGCCCCCUGUCGACACUUCUCGGACAAAUGACGGCGCUCCAAGGGCUGGCAUUUGCCAAUUCAGAUCAUGGAGGAACCAUCCCUUCCGAAUUUGGCCUCUUGACAGCAUUGACAAUCUUGGGACUUCCCGGCAUCAAUCUACAAGGGAGUAUUCCCACAGAAGUCUGGCAGCUUACCAACCUGAGCAGCUUUUUCCUAAAUUUCAAUGAUGGCCUCCGUGGGAGCAUCCCCACAGAAAUUGGGGUUUUCUCCCAGUUGCGGUGGCUUAGCUUGACUGUCUGUGACCUUUCUGGCACGCUCCCGUCAGAGAUUGGAUUGGCAAAGGCUUUGGAUACGUUGACAUUGGAAGAAAACAGAAUCUCGGGGACCAUUGUUAGUGAAAUAGGCAUUCUUGAAGAGAUGAGGAUUCUUUCCUUGUUCAACAAUUCACUGGAAGGAACCUUGCCCACAGAGCUAGGUCUUCUGACACAGACUACCUUGCUGACAUUCCGGGACAACCUUCUAACUGGCCCAGUUCCCCAGGAGCUUGGUCUAUUGACAAAUCUUCGCAUUUCAUUGGUAUUGAGAGGCAAUCAACUCUCGGGCCAGAUUCCAUCAGAGUUAGGGCUCCUUGCCAAUUUGAGAGAGAUAUCACUGGAGAACAACAAUUUCUCAGGCCAAAUCCCAAGCCAGCUUGGUCAGUUGUCUCAAGCACUGCACUCACUCAAGUUGGGAGGGAAUCCAAUGCUCACUGGGACUAUUUCACCAGGGGUUUGCAAGAUCAAUGGCACCUGCAUUCAGAACAGUUUUGACCCAUGUGAAGAACCUUAUGGAGUGUUGCUUGAUUGCACUGACAAGCUGUGCGGGUGUGGUUGCUCUUGUGCCACACGAACUUGA